AUGUUUGUGAAACAAUCUGCAUCGCACAGCUCUCUUCUGAUCCGCACUCCAGAAGAGACAUACGACAACGACCUCUUUUUGCGUAGUCUAGAAAUCAAUGGAUUGAGUCGACAACAGAAGACAUGCCUGGGUGGUGAUGACCAGCCCUUUGACCUCUCAAGAUAUGCUUUUUCGCGACGUAAAUGGAAAAGAUGGGGAUUCGCGGCAUAUAAUAGUGCAGAUUAUGUGGCUGGCAAGUUCCCUAUGCGUUCCCUCAAAUGCCUGCAUCAUCAUUUCCAAGAUGCAGUUGUGCAGUACUGGAGCAGCACAACUCGAACUUCGGAGCAUUUCGAAAUUGGCGUUGUGGAUAAGCACAAUCAUUUCCUCCUCUACUUCGCUAAAAAGGGAAAAGAAACACUUCUUGAUUUUAAGGAAGUAAGGAAGAGUGUUGGAAUGAAAAAACAAAAAGUUGGCCCUGCUGGAGCACUUUGCGUGGUGGCUUCCGUCGGCAAUAGGACCCCAACCACUUGUCAAUUUUUUUUCGUCAAGUUCGAUGUUAUUAAAUUUUGA